AUGUCAGGUAAGAAAGUGCUGAUUGUCAAUGCGCACCAAGUCCCCAGUUCUUUAGAUGGAUCCUUGAAGUCAGUGGCAGAGGAUGAGCUGAGCAGGCAGGGCUGCAUGGUUACAGUGUCUGAUUUAUAUACCAUGGACUUUGAGCCGAGGGCCACUGGUGAGGACAUAUGGGGUGUGUGCUCUAACCUCAAGUGCUUCAGCUAUGGGAUAGAAGCCUAUGAAACUUGCAAGAAGAGGUCUCUGGCCAGAGAUAUAAUGGACGAACAGAAAAAGGUUCAGGAAGCUGAUCUAGUGAUAUUUCAGGGUAAGUUGGCGGUAUCAUUAACCAGAGGCGACCAGGUAUGGAAUGACAUGAAGGAUUCAGUCAAUGCAGAUUCACAGGCCUAUCUGUGGCCCCUGCCACAUGGUGUAUUGUAUUUGUGUGGAUUUAAAGUCCUGGCUCCUCAGAUCAGUUCUGCUCCUAAUUUUACAUCCGAAGAAGAAAAAAACGGGAUGGUGGCAUCCUGGGCCCAGAGGCUGAAAACCAUCUGGACAGAAGAGCCCAUUAAGCCACGCUGUACCUUGAAGCUUUUGUAA